AUGGGUUUGCCAUUCCUCUGUGUGUGCACCUGGGUGUGCCGGAAGCCUGAUUCGUUUACAGCACCUACCCCGUCUGAUGGGCUGGGUCGCUCCAACCCCUCAGCCUGCAGGUGAGAGAGCUAGGAGGCAGGCAGAUGCUGGGGAGGAGCCCUGUGCCAUGCAGACCCACCCCCUGAGAGGGAGAUAUAAGCCAGCCACCUCCAGAGAGCAGUCACUCAGAGGGACUUGACUUUCCUCCUAGUGAGAUCACCUGCACCACCAAUCCUCUCUGUCUCUGUCUCUCUCCAAAUCUACUACCCCCCUCACAGGAUCAGAACAGCUGCAGCUAUGAGCAUCAGUUACAGGAGCAGUGGCAGCAUGAGCGGAGGCUUCAGCUCCGGCGGAGGCGGAGGAUUCAGCUCCGGUGGCGGUGGUGGCGGCAGUGUGAGGAAGAGCUUCUCCAGCUUCUCCUCUUCAGCAGCCCCCAUGGGCUCCAGCCGUAUGAGCAGCUCGUCUGUUAGACGCUCUGGAGCCAGCGGUGGUGGCGGCUUCGGCCUGGGCGGUGGUGGAGGAGGCUUCGGCCUGGGCAGUGGUGGAGGAGGCUCCAGCUUCAGCUACAUGAGCAGUGGUGGAGGCAUGGGCGGUGGCGGUGGAGGCUUCGGUCUGGGCGGCGGCAGUGGCGGUGGAGGCUUCGGCAUGGGCUGGCGGCGGUGGAGGCUUCGGCAUGGGCGGUGGCGGUGGAGGCUACGGCAUGGGUGGCGGUGGCGGCGGCUUCGCCCCUAUCACAGCUGUCACAGUCAACACAAGCCUGCUAGCCCCCCUCAACCUGGCGAUUGACCCCAACAUCCAGACCGUCCGUACCCAUGAGAAAGAACAGAUCAAGGGCCUCAACAACCGCUUCGCCUCCUUCAUUGAUAAGGUCAGUACUGCUCUAUUCUCUGAAAAGCCCUUCCAUCUAACAGGAUGCUAAAAGUAUAAAGUAUGCCAUAACUAUUGGCCUGUCCAAGUAAAUUAAAUAUAUUGCAUUGAUCAUCAUCUACCAUAUACCAGCAUAAACAGAAUGCAGAUACAGAUACUGCAAAGAGAUACUGCAAAAAGAUACUGCAAAGUAUCUGCAAUAGCAAUUUAUAGCUGGGAUAUUAUUUUGUGGUACUGGUUGCAAAUAGCACGCUUGAAUAGCUGCAAGACUGUGUCUGUUGUGUACUACCAGAGGGCUCAUUAAAUAUUUCACAGCCCCUCAUCAUGCAGCACCCGGAAAUCCUGACCAUAUAGGAACCAGUUAGGACUGACUGUGAAAACAAAUACACUGAAUGCUGUAGUGGCUGCAUCCUUUACCUUAAUGUAUAAACAGGUGCACAUCACCUUGUCACAGGUGGUCAAAGUCCCAAUGUGCAGCCUGUUGCAUUGAAACUGAAAGCACAUCACUGCUUGAGUAGUUUUGUUAGACUGUAAUUGCCCUGGCUCUGUGAGUUAGAGUGGGGUGAGUUUGGAAACCCUAGCCCAGGCGGAUCCUAUAACCAUGGGCCCACUCUGAGUAGAGUGAGGGAGGGGAUCAGGUUAUAGCCCCAUUCCCAUGGCAGCAGGAAGGGACACAAUAGAAAGCUAUGUCUCUGAUGGUGCACCUGAGAGUUUCUCCUCUCUCCCAUCUCUCCCUCAGAACUGGCAGAGACACAGACACACCUGUACAAGUUUGAAGUUAAUAUGGCUAAUAAUAUACUUUAUCCAUCUGUCUGAAACAGCAAGUUGUGUUAAAGGUUGUUCCUAAAUACUUUAAUAUUUCAGACUACGACACUAUAGACAAUGGUGAAGAUCAAGGGAGAGAUAGAAAUCACCUAGCCUCACCCUGUUAGUGAAAAUGCACAGUAAGCUUUUCACAGACACUAACCACACCUGCUUUCAUUUUGGAUGGUUGAACAGAUCAAAUUCAGUCAUCUCAUUUGCCUUUCUUCUGCAAAACAUUUGUAUUAACCUUGUGCAAGGUAAAAGACAAUAAUAAACCCUUAAUUCCAUAACUCAACCAAAUGUAAAUCAAAACUAGACGUUGAACUGAAUGAAGCCUGUGCCCAGUGGGUAGUUUUACCAAAACAGGACAGUAAAUACCCUCAGGCAGGUAAUUCUCGGAUUCUGUAGAAUCUUGUCUUAUAAUUACAGGGUGUGGCAGCAGGCAAGUUCAUUCACUAGGCCAUUCCACCUUAGGCUAAGGCGGGGCAACCCAGCCAUAUCUGCUGGGGCUUGCCAUUGGUGAUAACAAGGGAGGAUUGGCUCGGGCGUGGCAGGGUAAGACUCCUUCCCUCCUCAGGGAUGUGCAGCCUCGCCCAUGUAGCUCACAUGGAAGGAAUCUUCUUGUAAGCAGGAAACUGUUGAAACUUGUUCAAGUAAUGGCAAGUCAAGGCAACAUGACCUCACUAGAACAGAACACACUUAUAGUACAGAGAGAUCUAAAGUGGAUGGAUGUCUUCCUGUCCGCCCCAGCCCUGAGGGAAGAACUCAGCUCAGUACCUGCCAACAAGGGCCCACAGAGGGCUGGGUGUGCAAGUCAGUCCUUUUAUACAGAGGUGUGGGAGAUGUUCCAGAGUAGAUACACCCACAGUAGCUACUGUAAUGGAGUACUGGCAGUGUCUGCUGUGGCAGGUGGGAAGGUGCAAGUUACCUGAAGAAUAUCUCAUCUCUCAAUGUUUUAAUCUCUCAAUGUUCAUCUCAAAGUGCACCAAAUUCAUGCAUUCAUGGCAUGAGCAGCUUUGUCUGAGACCCAAUAAAUAACUACAAGCAUACCGUCUUCAUUACCUAAGCGAAUGCAAGUCUUGAGCCACAAUAUAAAUAAACGUUGCCAGGGAGAUGUUACCAAAGCAAGUCAUCUGGCAAUGCAUGUCACAUGAUACAAGGUGAUAUAACAGGACAUAACCGGAUAGAUAUUCUGUAGUGGAAGAUGUGUGCCACCUGAUUGUAACUCUUCUAUUUGCAUCUCAACACACAGGUACGCUUCCUGGAACAGCAGAACAAGAUGCUGGAGACCAAGUGGAGCCUCCUGCAGGACCAGACCACCACCCGCUCCAACAUCGAUGCCAUGUUCGAGGCCUACAUCGCCAACCUGCGCAGACAGCUGGAUGGCCUGGGAGGAGAGAAGGUCAAGCUGGAAGGAGAGCUGAUGAACAUGCAGCAUCUGGUGGAGGACUUUAAGAACAAGUGAGUUCGACACCAGACAUUGUAUGGAUGCUCUAACUCUCAUAAAUGCUGGCCCAUGUAACCAUAUGCAAUCUGUUUUUGUAGAUACGAAGAUGAAAUCAACAAGCGUGCCUCAGUGGAGAACGAGUUUGUCCUCCUCAAGAAGGAUGUUGAUGGUGCCUACAUGAACAAGGUUGAGCUGGAGGCCAGGGUCGACUCCCUUCAGGAUGAGAUCAACUUCCUCAGGGCCAUCUAUGAAGCGGUGAGGGCCAUGUCAAAACACAAUAAGCUUUGCAUUUGAACCUCUAUGAUAUAUAAACAAAAAAAUUAUCCACAUUAUGGCUUUCCUGACUUCCUCCCAUCUCCUUCUCUCUCGCCAGGAGCUGAAUGAGCUGCAGGGCCAGAUCAAGGACACCUCAGUGGUGGUGGAGAUGGACAACAGCCGUAACCUGGACAUGGACUCCAUCGUGGCUGAAGUGCGCGCCCAGUAUGAGGACAUCGCCAACCGCAGCAGAGCCGAGGCCGAGUCAUGGUACAAGCAGAAGGUACGAGGAGACUUCAGUAUAUUUCAGUAUGUUUCUAUCACGGGAGGUUGGUGGCACCUUAAUUGGGGAGGACGGGCGCGUGGUAACAGCUGGAGCGGAAUCAGUGGAAUGGUAUCAAAUACAUCAAACACAUGGUUUAAUGCCAUUGCAUUAGCUCCUUUCCAGCUAUUAUUAUGAGCCAUCCUCCCCUCAGCAGCCUCCACUGAUUUCUAUAGAUUUCCUUUAAUUAGCCCCAGUACAUAAUAACAUAUAGGCUUCACACUGACUCAUGACUGGGCCAAUCCUCUAUUCCUUCAGUUUGAGGAGAUGCAGUCCUCUGCAGGACAACAUGGUGAAGAUCUGCGCAACACCAAGGCAGAGAUGGCCGAGCUGAACCGCAUGAUCAGCCGUCUCCAAAAUGAGAUCGAAAACGUCAAAGGACAGGUACAGUAGGUUGGCAAAUGACGGUCAAUUCAAAAUAGUAUCAGGUCUGGCACAACACUAAUAUUCCAUUAAGUGAAAAUAUCUUAUUUCUGAUCUUGUCUUUCUUUUAUCUUGUAGCGUGCUAACCUGGAAAACCAGAUCGCAGAGGCUGAGGAGCGUGGGGAGAUGGCGGUGAAGGAUGCCAAGCUCCGCAUCAGGGAUCUGGAGGAGGCCCUCCAGAGAGCCAAGCAGGACAUGGCCCGGCAGGUGCGCGAGUACCAGGAGCUGAUGAACGUCAAACUUGCCCUGGACAUUGAGAUUGCCACCUACAGGAAACUACUGGAAGGAGAGGAGAGCAGGUAAGCGCAGGAUCGAAUAAAGAGAUAGUGAAACAAAACAUGAUAAAUGCAUGGCUAGGAACUGUAAAGUCACAAUACAAGUCAUUGAAAAUCUUUUAAAUGAAGUCAGCUCUUUCACUGUAGUAUAUGCUUAGUAAUCAUGUCAACUAAUCUAUGAAUCUCUUCAAAGGAUUACCGGAGGUGGAACUGGAGGUGGAACUGCAACCAUCCACAUACAGACCUCCAGCAGCGGCGGUGGUGGUAAGAACCUCAUACAUUGAAAUUCAGUUGGAAAUGUAUAACAGUGAAGACAAUACUUGUAGGUCUGAUUAGUCCAAGUAUUGACCUCGCCCCUUCCAUCUUCCUCUCCCAGGCUCCGGAGGUGGAUUCGGCAUGGGUGGAGGCGGCGGUGGCUUCGGAUAUGGCGGUGGCAGUGGCAUGUCCAUGAAAAGCGGCGGCGGCGGCGGUGGCGGCUUCGGCAUGAGCAGCGGCGGCGGCGGCGGCAGCGGCUUCGGCAUGAGCAGCGGCGGCGGCGGCGGCGGCGGCAGCGGCUUCGGCAUGAGCAGCGGAGGCGGCGGUGUCUCCAUGUCCCGUUCCUCCACGACCUCCUCAUCCAGACGCUUCUAA